CCGGCGCCCGCGCUCGCUGGACAGUCGGGAGCGGCCAGCCGCACAGCUCUCCUGAGCCGGCCGUACAAUCCUCGGCAGUGUCCUGAGACUGUAUGGUCAUCUCAGCGGCGCGCGGGCCAUCUCGCUCUCCCGUUCCCUCCCUCCUCUCCGUUUUGAUUUUGAUUUUUAGAUCCAGGAAAGUGACUCGUUCGGGGGAAAGGAAAAAGAAAGGACCUCGGGCUCCCCAGCGGCCCCGCUGAGUUUCGCGUUUGACAGCCUCCUCCCACUCCGUCCCGACCCCGCCUCCCGGGCAGGUUCCUUCCCGUCACCUUUCUCCACCCCUGGCCCCCGCACCUAGCCAGCUGCGAGCCAACUGCCGCCGGACUGUGCGGGGCGCUCGGGACCGGCCCGCGCCGCAGGCAAGUGGGCGAGCCCCCCCCGAGGAGACAGCGGCUGCAGCUCCCCCACCGGCUGGGGAGCCCAGGUGCGCGGCGUGUCCGGCGGCCACGGCGACGAUGACAGCUGACAAGGAGAAAAAAAGGAGCAGCUCGGAGAGGAGGAAGGAGAAGUCCCGCGAUGCGGCGAGGUGCCGGCGCAGCAAGGAGACGGAGGUCUUCUACGAGCUGGCCCACGAGCUGCCCCUGCCGCACAGCGUGAGCUCACACCUGGACAAGGCCUCCAUCAUGCGGCUGGCCAUCAGCUUCCUGCGGACACACAAGCUCCUGUCAUCAGUUUGCUCUGAAAAUGAGUCUGAAGCCGAGGCCGACCAGCAGAUGGACAACCUCUACCUGAAAGCCUUGGAGGGUUUCCUCGCCGUAGUCACGCAGGAUGGAGACAUGAUCUUCCUGUCGGAAAACAUCAGCAAGUUCAUGGGACUCACACAGGUGGAGCUGACCGGCCACAGUAUCUUUGAUUUCACCCACCCCUGUGACCACGAGGAGAUCCGGGAGAACCUGAGUCUCAAAAACGGCUCUGGCUUUGGGAAGAAAAGCAAAGACAUGUCCACGGAGCGGGACUUCUUCAUGCGGAUGAAGUGCACGGUCACCAACAGAGGCCGGACCGUCAACCUCAAGUCAGCCACCUGGAAGGUCUUGCACUGCACUGGCCAGGUGAAGGUGUACAGCAGCGGCCCGCCCCACAGCGGCGUGUGCAGCUACAAGGAGCCGCUGCUGUCCUGCCUCAUCAUGAUGUGCGAGCCCAUCCAGCACCCCUCCCACAUGGACAUACCCCUGGACAGCAGGACCUUCCUCAGCCGCCACAGCAUGGACAUGAAGUUCACCUACUGCGACGACAGAAUCACAGAACUGGUUGGUUACCACCCUGAGGAGCUGCUUGGUCGCUCAGCCUAUGAGUUUUACCAUGCCCUGGACUCAGAGAACAUGACCAAAAGUCACCAGAAUUUGUGCACCAAGGGCCAGGUGGUCAGUGGCCAGUACCGCAUGCUGGCGAAGCACGGGGGCUACGUGUGGCUGGAGACCCAGGGCACCGUCAUCUACAACCCGCGCAACCUGCAGCCCCAGUGCAUCAUGUGUGUCAACUACGUCCUGAGCGACAUUGAGAAGAACGACGUGGUGUUCUCCAUGGACCAGACCGAGUCCCUGUUCAAGCCCCACCUGAUGGACAUGAGCAGCAUCUUUGACGGCAGCAGCGGGGAGGUGGGCAGGGUGGACAAGAGCAACUUCCUGUUCACCAAGCUGAAGGAGGAGCCUGAGGAGCUGGCCCAGCUGGCGCCCACGGCCGGCGACACCAUCAUUUCUCUGGACUUCGGAAACCAGAACUUUGAGGAGUCCUCGAGCUACGGCAAGGCUGUCCUGCCCCCCGCACAGCCGUGGGCUGCAGAGCUGAGGGCCCACAGCACCCAGAGUGAGGCUGGCGGCCUGCCCGCCUUCACCGUGCCCCAGACGGCUGCCCAGGGCAACGCCACCCCCAGCGCCAGCAGCAGCAGCAGCUGCUCCACGCCCAGCAGCCCUGGAGACUAUUACACAGCUCUGGACAAUGAUCUGAAGAUUGAAGUGAUUGAAAAGCUCUUUGCCAUGGACACUGAGGCAAAGGACCCCUGCAGCACGCAGACCGAUUUCAACGAGCUGGACCUGGAGACACUGGCCCCCUACAUCCCCAUGGACGGGGAGGACUUCCAGCUCAGCCCCAUCUGCCCUGAAGAGAGGCUCUUGCCAGAAACCCCCCAGCCCACCCCCCAGUCCUGCUUCAGCACCAUGACGAGCAUCUUCCAGCCCCUGGUCCCGGGCGCCUCGCCCGGCCCGUUCCUCCUGGAUAAGUACCAACAGCAGCUGGAGAGCAAGAAGAUGGAGCCGGAGCACCGGCCCAUGUCCUCCAUCUUCUUUGACGCAGGGAGCAAAGUGUCUCUGCCACCGUGCUAUGGCCAGGCCAGCACACCCCUCUCCUCCAUGGGGGGCAGAUCCAACACACAGUGGCCCCCUGACCCGCCAUUACAGUUUGGGCCCACCAAGUGGCCGGUGGGCGCUCAGCAUGCUGAGUCCUUGGGGGCUGCACCGUCGGGACCCCCGGGCGCCUCACCCCACCUCUCCAUGCUCAAGAAGAGGUCUGCCAAGGGCUUCGGGCUGCAGGGCCCGGAUGUGCUGAGCCCCGCCGUGCUGGCCCUGUCCAACAAGCUGAAGCUGAAGCGGCAGCUGGAGUACGAGGAGCAGCUCUUCCCGGACCUGGGCGGGGGAGACCCGCCGGGCCCCAGCGCUGCCCCUCACUUGAUGUGGAAGAGGAUGAAGGGCCUGGGUGCCCCUCUGGUGCCCGACAAGCCAGUGAGCGCCAGCACGGCCGAGGAUGAGUUCAGUCAGAAUCCCAUGAGGGGCCUCGGGCAGCCCCUCAGACACCUGCUGCCGCCACAGCCCCCGUCGGCCGCUGUGAGCAGUGCCGGCAACGCCAAGAGCGGCUUCCCUUCAGCGUGCUGCGUGCCCGCCUACCAGGACUACGGCCUGCCGCCCACUCACAAGGCGUCAGGUAUGGCCAGCCGGCUGCUCGGGUCCUCGUUCGAGCCCUACCUGCUGCCUGAAUUGACCAGAUAUGACUGUGAGGUGAACGUGCCCGUGGCAGGCAGCUCCACACUCCUGCAGGGAGGGGACCUCCUCCGGGCCCUGGACCAGGCCACCUGAGCCAGGGCCCCCGCCCCGCAGACACCCCUGCACGCAGUGCCACCAGCUUCACUCUCUGCAUCUGUUUUUGCAACUAGGUAAAUCUAACACCAGCCCAUUGACCAGAUGUACUUACCUGGCCCGCCCGCCACGCGCCACGGAGCAGCCUCUGUCCGGAGACGCGCUUAAUCACCCACAGCUCACAAAUACAUAGUGGUUUGACCCGCUACAUCUGGCUUGGUUCAUGAGGAUGUUUUGAAAUUUUAUAAGAAUUCCCCCCCUUGCCCCCCCCACCACAUCAGUUACUUCUAAUUUAUAUUAUUCAAAGGAGUCUCUCUCUCUCUCUGUCACACACGCCACCCACACUUCAAAGGGUUGCUGUAUAUUGGUUCACCUUGGAAAGCUUCGGCUUGAUGUAACGAAAACGAUGGUUGCCAAAGAGAAACAGUCACCCCUGCUUUUUUCCCCAGGCUUGACUCCCGGCCCGCUCUCCUCCGCGUUCUCCCCCUCCGUUCCUUUCAGAGAAAACAAAUCGCCAUACUGUAAAUGUCAGUCUGUUUCUUCUCUUAAGCCCACUCUGCUCGAAUUUGGGUGUGACUCUUGGGGGAAGAAAAAAAGAAAA